AUGACACUUGAUUCAAAAUCUACUAGCAGACUCUACGCCAAGGGCCGUGUUCUCGGUUUCCGUCGCUCUCAGCGCAACACCAAGGAGCAUACUUCUCUCCUUCAAAUCGAAGGUGUCCAGGCCACAAAGGACACUGAUUUCUACCUUGGCAAACGUGUUGCAUAUGUUUACCGUGCCAAGCGUGCUAUUGAUGGCAACAAGAUGCGCACUAUUUGGGGUCGCAUUACAAGGAGCCAUGGUAACUCUGGUGUUGUCCGUGCAAAGUUUGCCUCCAAUCUGCCCCCCGAGAGCUUUGGAUCUGCUAUCCGUGUGAUGUUGUUCCCUUCCCGUGUCUAA